UCGAUAACCUCGCUCUAACGACCUCUCUAUAUAUUUAAAGAUGGAGCCUCAAGAUUCAAGCCAUUUAUUAAGCAAAACAGACAAUUUAAAAGAGCUUUUUAUGAAUCUUUCUAUUGCCGUAUCAAAUAAUAAACAUGAGGAAGUUAUUGAGCUUUCAGACAGAAUUAGAGGAGUUUCAGUAUCAGACAAAAAAUCAAUAAAAUCAAAGAUUAUAGCUCUUAUUAAGCUUGAUAGAUAUUCAGAAGCUCUUUAUUUAAUUGAAUCAGAAGGUUAUGAGGAGGAAGAAGUGUUAGAAAUGGUUUAUUGUAUGUUUAUGUUGAAAAAAUAUGAAGAAGCGAUGAACAUAGCAAAAAAAAGCAAUAAACGGGGAAUAAAACACAUUAUGGCACAAAUAGCAUAUCAGAAAGAUCAAAUGGGUAAAGCGAGUGAAAUAUAUAAAGAGCUUCAGAAAGAUCAGUAUAGAAUAGAGAAUGAGGAGUUUGAUUUAUGCAUUAAUCUUUUGGCAACACAAGUGACGUCAUCGUCGAUCGAAAUUUCAAGUCAGGCGGCUAUUUAUCAAUCAUUAGAUUAUAGAUUUAAUAUAGGAUGUCAUUUGAUAUGCAGAAAGGAGUAUAUGAAGGCAAAAGAGUUAUUUGAGUUAUCUAAAGAACAAUGUUUAUCAACAUCAGAAGAAGAAAUGGAAUCUAUACUUGAUCCUAUUCUUGUUCAAUUGGCAUAUAUUUAUUCAUGUAUAGGACGAGAAUUGGAAGCAAUUUCUAUAUAUGAAGAUUUGAUGAACAAAAGCCAAGUGGACCAAAUUAUUAAGCUGAUUUGUAUGAAUAAUUAUUAUAGUAUUAAAUCGGAUACAAAUCCAUAUCUUAUUUUACAUUCACUAAAUACAGUAUUAUCAAAGGUAAAAUUAUCAAAACUGACAGAUACUCAAAACAAAAUUAUUGAUAAGAAUAUUGCAAUUUUGAAUAUAUUAUGUGAGAAGUAUUCAGCAUGUCAUAAUAUUGUCAAAAAACUACAAGACAGAUAUCCAGAUGAUGAUAGUAUUAUUCUUAUCUUAGUAUCAAGUAUUAUAUCACGAUUUACUGGUAAUCGUGCAUAUUCAGAAUUAAUAAAAUUACAUGAAAAAGAUUCAUCAAAUGUAACAUUAUCAUUAGCUAUUAUACGGUUUAUGAUAUUAUGCAAAGAUAAUUAUAAUAUACAAAAAAUUACAGAAAAACUUUUAGAUUCCUUAAAGGAUAACAAAUCUAUGAGGUAUAAACCGGAAUUGGUAAGAUUGUUGGUAGAAAUAUAUGAAAAAAGAGGAAGGAAAGAUCUUUCACGUCAAGAACUUUAUGCUGCUAGUGAAUAUUGGAGAAGCGUAGGAAGCAACGACCCUAAUUUGAUAGAACUUUUAUAUGAAUCGGGAAAAUUAAAGCUUAAGCGUAUGAUAAAAAACAAAGAGUCUAAUUUAUCACCAGCAGACGAUUUUAAAUACAUAUUAAAACUUUCCCCAAAUAAUAAAAAAGCGUUAGCAGGAUUAGUAAUUUAUUAUCUUGAUAAAGACAUUAGUGAAGCAUCAAAAUAUGCAAAUAAAUUACCUUCUUUAGAUAUUCUUACUCAAGGAAUUAAUGUCGAUCAUUUAGAAAAAUCAGGAAUUGUAAACCAUUCAUUAGAAGAAAAAAAAAGUAAUCAUUCAAAAUCACUUUUAAAACAAAAAAGAAAAAAAUCAAAACUUCCCAAAAAUUAUGAUCCUGAUAAACAACCAGAUCCAAAAAGAUGGAUUUCUAAAAAACAGAACAACUAUUACAAAUCUUCUAAAGGAAAAAGAAGACAAUCAAAUAAAACACAAGGCGAAUUAGUUGUAGAGAACAAUUUUACAACUAAUACGGGAAAUACAUAAAAAAUAUUAACAAAAACAACUAAAUAAUGCAAAACAUGAUUUUUAU